UUGCAAAAGAAAGUUUUCACCAUCGGCCUCGGCAUAAAAGGCGAUUCCGACGAGCCGGAAGCAAACAGUUGCCUCCAGAGAUAGCUACCGAAAUGACCAAGUUUGUUGUGAAGAAAGCACUUGUGCUGUUUACCCUGUUAGUCCUGGGUACCAUAGAAGCCAAGCCCCUGGAUCAGAAUCAGGAUGAGCAUUUGCGAAAGGAGCGGCAGCUUAAAUCUACUGAUGCAGAUGUCAAGAUGGUGGCCAAUGUGACUCCAGCAGGAUCUGCAGGAUCUCAACCCAUGACGAUGGGCAUGGGAAUGGCGUUGCCCAUGAAUCAGAUGGCCCUGAGUUCCGUGGGUGGCCAGCUGGUCAGGUAUCCCAACUAUCCUGGCCUGAUAUACCCAGGAAUUCCUCAAGCACCUGGCCUAAAUGGUAUUCCCGGCCUGCAGACAAACAUUGCCAACAACUAUCCCUCGUAUCCGGAUCCCAAUCUGGCAGGAUCUGCUCCCGGUUUCAAUCCCUUCGGAUCCUUUGGCUAUCCCGGCGUGCCACAGAUGUACGGAAGCUCCCUGAUGUACCCCAAUGCCCAGCUGCCUAAUGGAUUUGUGCCCAACCCAUCGGUGGAUAACUUCCAAUCGCUAAACGGCAUUGUCAAUAUGGCCAAUGUUCAAGGAUUGGGUGGCGGAAAUACUGGCUUGUAUCCAGCACCUCAAGGAUUCGGUGGCAUCAGCUCGGGACUAUAUCCUCAAGCUCCGCAAGGAUUUGGUGGAGCCAACUCUGGAGGGCUGUAUCCUGCUCCUCAGGUUAACAUGCAGGGACUUUAUGCACCACCCGGUGGUUUCCUGGAGCGCAUGAACAUGCAGGCCUACGCACCUGGCUUUUAAAUGAGCUCCAUAGCUCAAUAUUCAAUAAGAUAAUUUAUUUUAUUUAUUUUGCAAAAUACAAGAACAUUUAA